AUGGGAAUUGGGACGACCGGGCCGUUCAGCUUGAAAGACCUUCAUGGAGUGCUACCAGCAAAGCUCCGGGUUCUCUCGCCAGAGACGCAAAGCGAAGCUGAGCUUUGGUGGAGGCUUUGCAGCUCGGGCAGCAGGUUCGGGACGUCGACCUCAUCCACCUCAUCCGCCACGCCGGCAAGCAGACUGCGUUCAUCGUUCCAGCUCUUCUUUACGGAGGAGCCGCAGGUCUACGACACGGACGCGGACCAUGAUUUGGACGAUGAUGACCCGGUGGCAGAAGAGGAGAUGGCCGAGAAGGAGGAGGUCCUCAACGACACACUGGGCAAGGCAAAGCAGGUGGUCGACGUCUUGAAGCGUGUCGACACCGAGAUGGAUGCUGCCAAGGCCCAACUGGUCGAGAUUGGUGCAAAGGCCAUCGACUUCAAAGCCCGCUUUCGCUUCCGAAACGCAGCUGCUACAGCGAGCGCCGCUGCACAGCUCGUGGGUCAGCCUGGCGAGGUCAACGACAAACUUCGGGCCAUCUCAGAGGAAGCCCAACAGCUGGAAGACCAGAUGGCCUACACGACCGUCGGCAGUCCUUUUCGCUACCGUGUGCGGCUCUCCAAACUCGCAGGCGAGGCCGAGCGCGCUGGCCAGCUGAUGGAGACGAGGAUCCAGAAGCUGAAGGAAGCCUUGAGGAUGCUCAAGAAUGCCGGCGGAGAGUUCGUGGACGACAAUUUGGAGCCCGAAGGUGAGGGCGAGGAAGGUGAGGAGUUUGACGAGUCCGCGCCGCUUCUGACAGAAGUCCAAAGUGAUGCUGUCGAAGUGGGCAUGCAUGAGCACGAGAAUUAUCCCGACCAGGGCCAUGGCUGGCAAGAGCAGGGCCACUGGCCAGAGCAACCUGCACAACCUGGCCAAGCUGCGAUGUUUGGGCAGCCUGGGCAGAUGCCCCUGUCGAUGUUGGGCAUGGACCACCAGAUGCAGAUGGGCCACCAGAUGGGCCCCCAGAUGGGUGCACCAGGGAUGGGGCUGCCUGGGUCAGGCAUGGACAUGCAGCCUGGGACGCCAGGGAUGGCUGGACAUGAGCAUGGACACUGGCACGGGUCCCAUCUGGACCCAGUCGAGCAGGCUGCCGAGCAGAUGGCGGUGGGGGAGCGAAUGGAAGAGGCUGAGGAGACGGCUAUGUCCGGGGUGACGGCAACGAGGGAAGACGAAGAGGCCACUGCCAAAGAGAUGGAAGAUACCAUGGAGGACACCACCUGGUCCAUCGACGUGCUCCCCAUCCCUCAGCCAUCUGACGUAGAGCCACAGGAACCGGCGCCCGACGGCGUUCCACCGCUGCCGGUCGCGGAAACUUCAAGCGGCUGUCAGUGUGAUCCCACGGCCAAGUGUGCUCUUCAAGGCCAACCCUUCACCUGGUGCCGCGUUGGCAGCGAAGAGGAGCCCACCUGCGCAAAGCUGGAUGUGGCUGAAGACCCUACCGGCCGCGACCAUGCCUUGGGUGUGAAGGGAAGGCAGUGGGAUUACUGUGUUCCUCCAGCACCCGUUAAAGAAGAGGAAGGCAACGAAGGUGGUGAGAGUGGUGGCCAAGAGUUCCAGCAAUGGGAGGGGGACCAGCAGUAUGGCGGUGGCCACGAUCAGUUCGGCGGCCCAACCGGCUUCUAUGCCCAACAAGGCGCUGGCCACGGCCAAUCGGGCCACACCUUACCAGGCUCUUUCUACGAUCAGUUCGGCGGUCUGGGCGGUGGUCAAGGCCAAUUCGGAGGUGCUGGCUACGACCAAGUCGGCUACAACACGCAAGGUGUGACUGGCUACGAUCCUUACACUGGUGCCCAUUUCGAUCAGACGGGAGGUUAUGACCAGCCGUUUGAGGAUGAACACGGUGGUGAGGAGGAGGAUGAGGCGCCGGAAGAGGAAUUGACUUCUCAUUUGGGCUGUGAGUGUGCGCCGCGCCCCGACGUGCUGGAUAGAUACAUGGAUGACCCCCUCUUCCACAACUUGGAGACCGGCGAAAUCGACAUCGAGAAGAUUCCGUUCAAGGAUCGGAUCGCAGUUGAGGCCAUGCAAAACUACCAAGAGAACGGAGGAGAUCUAUGCCAGCAAACUCCUCACAGUGGCGAGUUCCUGGUGUGUCCAGCGGCCAAGGGUUGCGCUGGCAGCAACGUUGCUGGCCCAGGUGGAGCUCUGCCCAGUGGCUGGUUUUCAGGAGUGAGCGGCAAGAGCUGGGACUUCUGCGCGCCGGCGGCGAGGCCAGCUGAGUCAGAGGAGCCUGGAGAAGGCGAACUGGGCUUCGACCAGACAGGCAACGGCCAGUACGGCUACGACCAGCAAUAUGGUGCUUAUGACCAGCAAGCGAUGCACUUUCAGUGCGUUCCCGGAGCUGUGACCUUCUUGGUGGUAGCUUUGCAUCGACUGCAGAGAUCAAGUAAGAGCGCCAAAAAGGGCUCUUUUCUGUGA